AUGUUGUUGUCGUGUUUCCUAGUUGGAAGCGCGUUUUUCCCGGGACGUUUCUACCUAUGCAGGAAUGUACUAAUGAACCUGUCAAAGUCUGUCGAUAACAACAACCUGAUCAACAACACAAUCGCCGUUAAGUGUGUAUCUGGUAUACAGGCAACAUUAGCUUCGAUAUCUGGCUUAGUAAUUGCAAAUGCUUGUCAAGAUGAUGUCUUGUACCAGAGACACUGGUUAACCAACUGUUAUGCUGCAUUUGCAGCACCGUAUAUGCUGUAUGAUAUUUACGCCAUGUUUAUCAUCCACACAUCUAAGUAUCCUCAUCUGUAUCCAAGAAAUGACAAAGGUGAUUUCUUUGUUGGAUGUUUCUACACUAUGGAGUUGGCCAACCCAUUUCUUUGCCUUAGAGCUGUCUUGAAUGUGCUUGGACGGACAAAAAACAACCUAUAUUUGAUCAAUGGAAUCACAAUACUCAUCACAUAUUUUAUCUGUCGAAUUUUAAUUUUUCCAUAUAUCUAUUACAUAUAUGGACAUGGUCGCAACCUUUCUGUGUGGCAAGUACCUAGCAGCAUUCCUCUACAUUGCAAUAUUGGAUGCAUGCUCAUAUUAUCAUUCCAAGUUUUUUGGUAUUCAAUGAUUAUAAAAGCUGCUUCCCGGACACUCCGAAACAUAAACCAGUCUGUGGCAUCUUCUGGUAACAAAAAUCAAUCAGACAGUCUUUUGAAAACACGUUAA